GUGGUGACGAUGCCGGAGUACUUAAAGAAACGCUUCGGGGGCCAGCGCAUCCGUAUUUACCUGUCUGUGCUGUCUCUGCUCCUCUACGUCUUCACCAAGAUCUCUGCUGACAUGUUCUCAGGAGCUAUUUUCAUUAACCAAGCUUUGGGACUGAACAUCUACUUGGCUGUCAUUCUGCUCCUCCUCAUCACUGCUCUCUACACAGUCACAGGUGGACUAGCCGCAGUCAUCUACACAGACACCCUGCAGACUGUCAUCAUGGUCAUAGGCUCUUUCAUUCUCAUGGGCUUUGCUUUCAACGAGGUGGGCGGCUAUGAGAACUUCCAGGAUCGCUACAUGACGGCCAUUCCCACCAAUGUGGGCGAGAACAUCAGCUCCGACUGCUACACCCCGCGGCCAGACUCCUUCCACAUCUUCAGAGACCCCAUCACGGGAGACCUGCCCUGGCCUGGUCUCGUCUUUGGCCUCACCAUCCAGGCCGCCUGGUACUGGUGCACUGAUCAGGUGAUCGUUCAGCGCUGUCUGUCUGCUAAGAGCAUGUCUCACGUGAAGGCUGGAUGUAUCCUGUGUGGUUAUCUGAAGCUUCUGCCCAUGUUCCUCAUGGUCUUCCCUGGCAUGAUCAGCAGGGUGCUGUACCCAGAUGAGGUGGCUUGUGUGGUACCAGAGGAGUGCAGUGCUUACUGUGGAGCCCCCGUGGGCUGUUCCAACAUCGCUUACCCCAAACUGGUGGUUGACCUCAUGCCAAACGGUCUCAGGGGUCUGAUGCUGUCUGUCAUGUUGGCCUCGCUGAUGAGUUCACUCACCUCCAUCUUCAACAGCGCCAGCACUCUCUUCACCAUGGACAUCUACACCAAAAUCCGCCGAAGAGCCUCCGAGAAAGAGCUCAUGAUUGCUGGCAGGUUGUUCAUCUUGGUCCUGAUUGGUAUCAGUAUUGCUUGGAUUCCCAUCGUGCAGACGGCUCAGAGCGGCCAGCUCUUCGACUACAUCCAGUCCAUCACCAGCUACCUGGCCCCGCCCAUCGCCGCUGUUUUCACACUUGCUGUGUUCUGUAAGAGAGUCAAUGAGCAGGGUGCAUUCUAUGGCCUUCUGAUUGGCUUGGCCAUUGGGCUGUCACGUAUGAUCGCGGAGUUCGCCUUCGGCACUGGGAGCUGCGUCAGCCCCAGUAACUGUCCGGAGAUUAUCUGCGGGGUGCACUACCUCUAUUUCGCCAUCAUCCUCUACGUAGUCUCUUUGAUCCUGGUCAUCGGUAUCUCCCUCAUGACCGAACCCAUCGAGGACAAACACCUGUACCGUCUGGUGUGGAGCCUGAGGAACAGCACCGAGGAGAGGAUCGACCUGGAGGGUGAUGACUGGACAGACAAUCAGGACGAUAAAUCCAUGGAUAUGGAAGAAUUUGAGGAGGAGCCAGGCUGCUGUAAGAAAGCCUACAACUGUUUCUGCGGAUUUGACCAGUCCAAGGCUCCCAAACUGAGCCCAGAACAGGAGGCGGAAAUGAAGAAGAAGCUGACGGACACGUCGGAGAAGCCCCUGUGGAGGAACGUCGUCAACGCCAACGCUGUCGUCCUCCUCGCCGUCUGCGUCUUUUUCCACGGCUUCUUCGGUUAG